AUGUCUUGGAAAGCAUACCUCGCGCUCUGCGCUUUCUCACUCGUUCUUCGCCCUGCUCACGCAUACGGCAUUGCACGAUCAUCGACGCCUUGUAACAACAGUCCCAGCCUCUGCAGCAGAUCAUACGAUAAUGUCACCUAUCUUGGAGCCCACGACAGUCCCUUUGUUCGUGACGCUUCUACAUCUUACUCAGCCAGUGGCAAUCAAUACUACAACAGUACCGUACAGCUCUCGGCUGGUGUACGGCUCCUGACCGCGCAAGUCCAGCUUCAGGGCAGCGCAUUGCACGUUUGCCAUUCGAGCUGUGAUCUCCUCGAUGCCGGCCCUCUGAGCACUUGGCUCGCAGAAGUGCGAUCAUGGAUGGAGUCGAACACGAAUGAGGUCGUCACAAUACUGUUGGUGAAUGGUGCGUCGGCCUCUGUGCAGGAGCUUGCGCAGCAAUAUGAGGCAGCCGGAAUCACCACCUCCUUGGCCUAUACGCCUACCGGAUCGGAUGCUCAGAGUCAGGAGUGGCCUACACUGCAGUCCAUGAUCGACAGUGGCAAGCGGCUCGUGAAUUUCGUCGACUACAUUGGCGACAACUCCGACGCCCCGUACAUCAUGCCGGAGUUCUCGUACAUUUUCGAGAAUCCAUACGACGUCACUUCGGCCAGUGGUUUCGUGUGCGGAAUCAACAGGCCGCCGAGCGAGAACGGUAGCACGCCCACGCAGGUCAUCGCCCAGGGAGUCAUGCCGCUUAUGAACCAUUUCCUGUAUCAGGACAUUGGUCUAGGGAUCCAGUCACCGGACGUGGACGCUAUCGACACCACCAAUGCCCCGGACGGAGGCGUCGGUAGCUUGGGCUACUCGGCAAGCCAGUGUUCGGAGCAGUACGGCCGUGCGCCGUCGUUCCUGCUGGUGGACUUCUUUAACGUCGGUCCCACCAUCGAUGUUGCCGAUCGUCUCAACGGUGUCUCCAGCCCCGUGGGACGUACAAGUGCUCCAGCGUAAGUGAAGCCGGUUCCUCGAGUCGCGCUGCCUGUGCUGACAGUCUUUCGUGUGUCUCGUUCAGAACAUCCAGCUCCAGUCCCGGCGGUGGCAGUCGCAGCACCAGCACUAGUGCAGGUAUACGGAGGAAUUGGAAUUGGACGAUGUGGAUUGUGGGCCUAGCGACGUCGCUCGUGGUUACGGCGCGGUGAAACGAGCAGACCAAGGAGUGGUGAGUUUCGGAACGUGCAUCUCCAGCGUAGCAUGUACUGCAUUGUAACAUAGGUAGCCGGGCGAUGGAGGUUGUUUUCGUCGGGCUAGAAGAGGGGAAGGAUGCAUGCAUGAAAUGUGUCUUGCCGCUGCUGUGGAAAGAAAUACAACAACUGUCAAACCAUCCGGAGAAGUUCGCUCAUGCGCGGAACACCUGAAGUUGAGUGAUGCAGCAUGCAGACAGGCAAGCGCCACGCGAGCCGGCAUGUCAUGGGAGACUUGAUAGGGGUGAAGGGGAAAGC